UCUUCUGUCAUUGUUUUUGCAGCAGCCACAGUAGGAGACACAGAGGAGACCUCUCUGACCAUGAACAUGUUAACGCCAUUAGUUUUAGCCAUUUUGAUCAUAUGUCUUUCGUCCCUCACGUCAGCAACGGUGGUCCAAGAUUUUAAUCAUGUAGAGAGAUGCAAGGACUCCCUGUAUAUGGGGACACCACCGCGGGGGAUCAUCGACACCAAACUGAAGAAGAUCUGCCAACGAUACGCAGACAAACCUCGUUAUGUAACCCUGUACGACCCCCAGAAGCGGAUUCCGGUCUACUCAGCUUACACCUUCAAGAAAACAGAGGGAGACAGACGUGUGGACUACCCUUGGAUGUAUGAGCCACAGCUGGCAGAAGUUGAUGGCAAUGGAAACAUGCUGCCCUUCCCCACUGGUUACCUGCACAUGAAGUUUGAGGACAGCCAGGCAGUCCUCGAUGACUACUCUGAUGUGGUCCUGUACGAGAGAGGUCACCUGAACCCAGACCAGCACCAGUCCACCCCGCACGACCGUGCAGCCACUUACACUCUGACCAACGUGGUCCCGGAGAUACGGGAGUUCAACAUCGGACCCUGGCGCGAGUACGAGGAGCGCAUCCGGGUGCGCCUCAACAACUUCUGCCGUGGCACGGCCUUCAUCGUCACCGGGGUGACCACCAGAGGCAACACGAUCCGUCGGAACAACCAGGACCGUGUGGCCAUCCCGGAAGAUGUGUGGUCCGCUUACUGCUGCACCGACUACGACCGCAACGCGCCGCAUGAUGUCCGCAUCCGCUUCCCGUCCCACGCCGCCAUGGCCAAAAACGCCAAAGAGGGCAACAGCGUCCAUGAGAUGCCGGUUCAGGAGCUUGAGAUCCUUCUGAAAAACAACAUGGACGUCGACCAGAACCUUCAGAUCUUCUAUGACAACUGCAUCUCUCCCUCACCUCUUCCUCUUUACCUCCAGCACACUAUCUGAAAGCUCUCCUGGGCUUACUCUCAAGAUAAUGGGUGGCUUAUGGUAGAUAUGUGUGCUUUCCCCUCCUCAAGAGUCAUUUAAAAAUUUAGAUAUUGUCAUUUAAAACUUUCCUUGCAGCUCUUAAAACUUAAAGAACUAGUUCUUCAAUAGGUUUUAUUUAUUAAUGCUUUCUAUCUGCCCUCUUGCAGAAAAUGACCACAUGACAAAGGGAGCUAGUUUGUUGGGAGAGGGACUAUAAUAGUGAUGUGUGGUGUGUUAUGCAAACCCAUUUAAUAAACUAUCAAAAUUUA